AAUGUCAAAUCGUCCACAAGCUGCUUAAUAACCAUAAUAAGCUCCAGCUCCUUAAGUAUAAUAGAGACCUGCUGCUCCAGUUUAUCCAAAUACUUAUUUACCUCCUACCUAUUAUCCAGCUUCUCCUAUUAGAUAAUCUUAUGUAGCUCCAGUUGCUCCUGUAGCUCCUAUUCAAUAUGCACCAGUGGCCUAAAUGCCUGUUGCACCAAUUGCUUCUGUUCCUGUUUAACAAUUAGCACCUGUAUAAGUUUAGCCUGUAGCAGUUGCCCCAGUAGCCCAAGUAAAUUUGAAUUAAAUUUUAGCACCAAACUAUAAAAGGUGAAUCAAGAAUUGAAUAUAUUCCAUAUUAAAAAGCUGUUGUUGAAUAUGAAGAAUAAGAAAUAGUAUCUUAUGUUCCAAGAGAAACAAAAGUCACAGAUUAUUAUGCUGUUGAAUAUUAAACUGAAUAUAUUCCUUAAGUAUUCUAAGAGAAAUACACAGGUAAUAAAUGAGUAAAUAUAUUAUUCAGAAUAUGUACCAGUGGAUAGAUAUUAAGAGAGAGUGGAAUAUUAUCCAGUUGAAAGAUAAGUUGUUCAUUAAUAACCAACAUAAUAUGUAUAAUAAGCUGUUUCAGUUGUAUAAUAACCGGUUAUCUAAUAAUCAGUUUAAUAUGUUCAAUAACCAGUUUAAUAUGUUUAAUAACCAGUUUAAUAUGUUUAAUAACCAUUGAUUGCAUCUAGAGUUGUUCCUUAAUUUGUAUAACCAUAAUAUACUGCUGCUCCUGUAACAAGACCAUCUUAACCAUUAUAAUAAUAAUAACAUUAACCAUAAUAAGUGCCAUCUUAAUAACCAAGAUCUUAAGCAGCCCAAUAAUAGCCAUAAUAAUAAUCAUGAA